CUCAAAUAACCACGGACACAGGGCACUGGUCAUGGCGGCAGUUGGGCGAUUCAAGCAUGCAAUUGCCAAGCAGUUAUCUUUGAUCACAACAUGUUGUGAACCUCAAAUAUUGCAAGCCAUAAGAACACCGCCCAAGAAAACAAACGCACAGUUUGCCGUGUCAUUAGCUAAACUGGCGGCCACACUGCGACAAGAUCCCAAUGUCAAUCUGCCGAAUAAUCCUUCGAUCUGGUGCAAAGCAACUGCCAACAAAAUCCAGGCCAAUGAUCUGAUUGCCACAGCGACGGCGGACGGAAGCAAUCUCAACUUUGGCGUCCAACAGACUGAAUUCACCAAGCAAGUGCUUCAAGAAGUAUACCAUGAGAAAACGACUUAUGGUUGGGCCCACAUCCCGAAACCUCGGGAGAAACCCACGGUAGUCAUCGAUUAUAGUUCACCUAAUAUCGCCAAACCAUUUCAUGCUGGCCACUUGCGAAGUACCAUUAUGGGCAACUUUGCAAAACGGAUUCAUCAGGCCAUGAAUUAUAAGGUAGUUGGUAUCAAUUACUUGGGCGACUGGGGAAAGCAGUACGGUUUGUUGGCAGUUGGAUUUGAACGUUACGGUGACGAAGACGAGCUGAAAAAAAAUCCGAUCCAUCAUCUGUAUGACGUCUAUGUAAAAAUCAAUGUUGACGCUCGUGAAGACCCGGAAAUUGAUCGGCUCGCGAAUGCGUACUUUAAGCGCAUGGAAGAAGGCGAUGAAAAGGCUUUAUUGCAAUGGCGCCGUUUCCGCAACUUGAGUAUCGAAUCAUACACUGGUAUCUACGAUCGACUGGAUAUCCAAUUCGAUAUGUACAGUGGUGAAUCGCAAAUUCAUGACUAUAUUCCUCACGUAUACCAACAUUUGCAGCGACAAAAUCUGCUCACCAAAACGGACGAUGGUGCUUAUGCUGUGGAUCUCGAAAAAUACAACCUGGGCAAAGCCAUGAUACAGCGGGCCGACGGUACUAGUCUCUAUCUUACGCGCGAUUUGGCUAGCUUGCUCAUGCGACGCGACAAAUUCAAAUUCUCAAAGGCAUUGUAUGCCGUAGGCGUGGAACAAGAAGGCUAUUUCAAGCAAUUAUUCAAAGUAGCGGAAUUGAUGUUUCCGGAAGAUGCGUGGGCAAAACAGUUACAGCAUGUGGGUUUUGGUCGUAUCAACGGUAUGUCGACCCGCAAAGGUACAGCGGUUUUCCUGCAAGAUAUCCUGGAUGCGGCUCAAGAUAAAAUCAUGGACUAUAUGCGAAAUGACACGGCGAAAUACGAACUUAUUGGAGAAGACGGAGCCAAAAUGAUUGCGGAUCAAUUGGGUGUCUCAGCCAUUUUGAUCCAAGAUAUGAAGUCCAAACGAAAUAAGAACUACACCUUUUCAUGGGAUCGCAUGACCGAUGCACGAGGAGACACGGGCGUUUUUCUCCAAUAUGCACAUGCGCGGGCUUGCGGUAUUGAACGCAAGGCAGAGAUUGACAUUCGCCCCAACUGCGAUUUUGACUUGUUAAAAGAGGAUGAAGCUUUUGAACUGGUACAAAUGAUUUCGCAAUUCCCAGAACAGGUGGAAAUGUCGUUCACCACGUUAGAACCGUGUACUUUGGUGAAUUAUCUUUUCAAAUUAUCCCAUGCAACAAGCUUGGCCAGCCAUUCUCUUCGUGUCAAAGGAUCCGAGCCAUCGGUAGCUGAAGCAAGAAUGUUGCUCUUUUGGGCUGCACGAACAACACUUCAUAAUGGCCUGUCACUUCUUGGUAUUCGACCCUUGGAACAAAUGUAGUCCUGACAGACCGUCUCUUCAUCCUAAAUUCGUUUUCCGCAUUGUUUAAAAGACAUCAUUACUUCAUCCCACCUCUUGUAAUUAUUACCGCAAAAAUAAAAAGUUACUGAUCUGUCC